UCCAGUUGAUGACUUAGCGAGUUAGAGUGGGUUGGGUGGUGGGAGAGAGACCUUGCCCGCGUCGGUGUGUCGCCAAACAGCCCGCCAAACCUCAAGUCGAGCUUCAUACACUGACAACCCCAACACCUCCACAUCACCUUCAUCCCCACCUUCCAUCACCGUACAGCGAAAAUGGAGGUUCUUCUAGGCAUCACCGGUAAAGACUUUGUGCUGCUUGCGUCGUCGAAGGCGGCGAUGCGCGGCGUUACCAUCCUCAAUGCCGAAGACGACAAGAUGCGGGCCUUGAACGCCCACACCUUGAUGGCGUACGUGGGAGAGUCUGGCGACACCGUUCAGUUCGCCGAGUACAUCCAGGCAAACGUCCAGCUCUACGGCAUGCGCAACAACACGAACUGGCAGCUCUCCCCUUCUGCCGUGGCGUCGUUCAUUCGGAGGGAGCUUGCGAGGUCGCUUAGGUCGAGGAACGCCUACAACGUCAACCUCCUAGUCGGCGGUUUCGAUACCACCACGAAGAAGCCACACCUCUACUGGCUGGACUACCUGGCGUCGCAGGCCUCCGUACCGUACGCCGCCCACGGAUACGCACAGUACUACUGCCUAUCGAUCCUGGAUAAGCACCACCAGCCGGACAUCGAUCUGGAGCGAGGCCUCGAGCUGAUGAAGAUGUGUCACGAUGAGCUGGUGAAGCGGUUACCGAUAGACUUCAAGGGUCUCAAGAUCAGGGCUGUCACGGCAGAUGGUGUCAAGGAGUACAGCCUUUAGAUACGUUUAAAUGAAGCAAUGACGAUUCUGAGGACUUCUCCCGUUGGUGGUAUUAUGGGCACCGUGAAUGAUCAGUGCUAUGUGCGAUGGCUGUAACGUUGCGAAGAGGGUUAGGGUGGUGUGAAUCCAUUGCCAGCUCUCCUCAG